AUUGACCGAGUUGUCUACCAUGCUACUACUGUAGCUACUUCCCGUUGUUUAUACCAACUAAUUUAUCCAUCAACUGAUCAUCAAAAUAUUGGUCAUGCUCUUUUAACUAGCCAGUUAUAUAGCUGUAUAUUUUUCGCUCGCAUGUUUGUUAAGAAUUGCAAACGUAGCUAGCUAACAUUUAUGCCGUUUUGUAUUAGUUAUGUUUGCAGAUAUAUUCUCUAAAUAACGUUACCGUUAUAAUAUCCUCAGGCAGUGGUUUGCGCUGGCUACGCUUACUCUUCCAGUCUUCGCUUUUCGACCACGUAUUAAUAGCACGUUUUAUUUCAGCUUUAUUAUAACUAGCUAUACAUUUACUUUUUUAUUUUAUUUAUCGCCCGUGGCCUUCAAGCGCGAAUAAUAUUAUUCAUAGUUAUUAGCAAGCUAGGUGACUAGCGAGGUUACUUUGAAAAGCAUCCAUUUUGAGAUUGAGACAUGAUUGACCAGAAAGCUGACUAACUGUAAUUCCUAAAGGUCCAUCCAUGUAUGCUCCGCAAUAAAACAUACAUCUGUCUGAUGCGAGGAUUAUUGGGUUGCUUAGAAACCUAAAUGUAUUAGCUAGCUAUUAUUUCAGAAUCACGAUAAUUUGGCGUCUAGUUUUGUUUCCUGUUUGGCGAUAGGGAAUUAGACCUCCUCUUCCUCUGUCCUCGAUGCCAACAAAAACAGCCGCCGAAGAAGCAGAAGAAAAGAGUGCACUUGAAAGUAAUUGGUGACUUAUCAGAGGAGGAUAAUGGCCAAAGAUGUGAGUCUGAUCAGAGACAACCAGGUUGGUCUGAUGGAAACCAAUGGAGAAUUGAAGGUUUUCAUUGACCAGAAUCGGAGUCCUAGUAAAGGUGUCCUGUCUCUGGUUGCUGUCCAUCCUGUGUCAAUCCCCAUGGCUAAACAACUACUGCCUAAAACCCUGGGGCCCUCCAAUGUCAACAUUGCUCCACACAUGGUGAUUGGUACACCCCAGAGGCCCAGUGUUUCCAGUGCCAUACUUGUGAACAGCCCUCAAACACCCAACUCCCAGUUCCUCACACAGAGCCAGCCGGCCGACGCGUCGCCAUGGUCCUCGGGGAAGCGUGGUAAGAAGGGGGAGAAGAAUGGCAAGGGCCUGAGACAUUUCUCCAUGAAGGUGUGUGAGAAGGUGCAGAAGAAAGGUGUAACCACCUACAACGAGGUGGCAGACGAGCUGGUGGCGGAGUUCAGCGCUGCAGACAACCACAUAUCCCCCAACGACUCACAUGUGUACGACCAGAAGAACAUCCGACGGCGUGUGUAUGACGCGCUCAACGUGCUCAUGGCCAUGAACAUCAUCUCUAAAGAGAAGAAAGAGAUCAAGUGGAUUGGUCUGCCUACCAACUCAGCCCAGGAGUGCCAGAACCUAGAGGUGGAGAGACAAAGGCGACUGGAGAGAAUCAAGCAGAAGCAGUCACAACUCCAAGAACUCAUAUUACAGCAAAUAGCCUUUAAGAACCUGGUGCAGCGGAACAGACAGACGGAACAGCAGGCCAACAGACCUCCGCCCCCCAACUCUCUCAUCCACCUCCCCUUCAUCAUCAUCAACACCAGCAAGAAGACAGUCAUCGACUGUAGCAUCUCAAACGAUAAGUUUGAGUACCUGUUUAACUUCGACAACAUGUUUGAGAUCCACGACGAUAUUGAGGUGCUGAAGCGCAUGGGCAUGGCCUGUGGCCUGGAGGUGGGCAAAUGUUCCCCGGAGGACCUGAAGGUGGCACGCAGCCUGGUGCCCAAAGCCCUGGAGCCCUACGUCACAGAGAUGGCCCAGGGUCCCAUCAGUAACGUCUACAUCACUGGAGGAUCCUCCACCAACGGGCGGCGCCAUCACGGCCAGGGCAGUGACAGCGGUGCAGAUGGUCCCCUGGCCUCCAGCUCUAAUGACUCUCACUACAGCAGCUCCCGUGUUGAGACCCCCGUGUCGUACAUGGGGGAUGAUGACGAGGAGGACGACUACGACGAGAACGACGAUGAAGAUUAACUUUCUGCCGCGCCAAGCCUCUCGAACAAGCAGUCUGUCUCUUUUUCUCUCUCUCUCUCUUUCUCUCUCUCUCUCUUUCUCUCUCUCUCUCUCUCUCUCUCUCUCUCUCUCUCUCUCUCUCUCUCUCUCUCUCUCUCUCUCUCUCUGAGUAUUUCUCCCCCUCCGAGUAUCUUUCUCUCUCUCUCUCUGUAAGGGGCGUUGGAGAAUGUUUUUCUGGGUAUGAAGGGUGUGCAGCCCUCUUCUCCUCAGAGGGGGUAGUCCUGAAUCACAUGCUGCACAUUGGCUCUCUGGGAAGUGUAGUCUAUGGCUUUGGCACUGUGCGGCAGCAUUUCUCUGUCUAUUAUCACCCUCUUCUUGGCCAGCCACCCAGCUGGAGAAUAAAGGGAAAAGAAACAUCUUCCAGACAACCCACUGCUGUUGGAGAAUGUAUAGUGUUCCUUGUGUGUGAAAUAGUUAGCUUUGUUAUGUUUUGAUUUCUUUGGACAGACUUAAUGGUGAACCACUGUUUCAAGAUGGCUGCCAGUGCAACUGCCCCCAGACCGCUGGCUCAGAGACACUCACUGGAUCCAAAAUGUCCGGUUUAGUCGCCACAACGCCCUAAGAAAGUUUGGGACUGCAUUUCGAAAGUGUGGACACUGUUUUGUUAUCCCCCUCUUUUGUGGCAUUGAUCAAUGGGCUGGUGUGUUGGGCUUCCUAUCAUUCUGUAGGCAGCUGCUUUUCUGGUCCUUAGUUGUUUAAGUUUUGGAGAGCGCCCUUCCACACCAUGGUAGUGUUUACAAGUGACGGGCACGAGCGAGGAAAAUAACUCUCCUACCCACGCUCCCCUAUAGGAAAAUGUUAAGCUUUGUGUUUAAAUGAUGUAAACUGAUCCUAUGAAGAUUGUAGUUCAUAACAUCCUUUACAGGUCAGUGGCGGAAGGAAGACCUGGACAUUAUUGAUGUAUCUAAGAUGUGGGGUGUAUAGGUCUGUCUCCAUGGACUCCCUUCGAAGAUCUCCUCUUUUUUUUUUACUGAACAACAUGUACUGACUCUUCCAAAAUACCUUUUCUGUAAUCUAAUAUAAUUUUGUCAAUUAAAUAUAGAGAAUGUUUUAACAAGUUUACUUCA